CCCGCCGAGGGAGGCGCGUGGCGGGGGGCGGCCCCGCUGCACGGCCCCGCUUUCUCCCGGCGUGACGCGCGGCUUCCCCCGCGCUGGGCCCCUUUGUCAGGCCGCGGGCCCUCGGCUGUUGGAGCCAUGUCGGAGCAGACGGGCCUGGCGUUGCCGCAGACCAUGGACAGAAGCUGCUGGGUUUGUUUUGCUACCGAUGAGGAUGAUCGGACAGCAGAGUGGGUGAGACCUUGCAGGUGCAGGGGCUCUACGAAGUGGGUUCAUCAGACUUGUCUACAGCGCUGGGUGGAUGAAAAGCAAAGAGGAAACAGUACUGCUAGAGUUGCUUGUCCUCAGUGCAAUGCAGAAUAUUUAAUAGUAUUUCCAAAGCUAGGUCCAGUUGUUUACGUUUUGGAUCUUGCAGAUCGACUGAUCUCAAAGGCAUGUCCAUUUGCUGCAGCUGGAAUAAUGGUGGGCUCCAUAUACUGGACAGCAGUUACAUAUGGAGCUGUGACAGUGAUGCAGGUGGUGGGUCACAAAGAAGGUCUUGAUGUUAUGGAGAGAGCUGAUCCUUUAUUUCUUUUGAUUGGACUUCCCACUAUCCCAGUCAUGCUAAUACUGGGCAAGAUGAUUCGCUGGGAGGACUAUGUGCUCAGACUGUGGCGCAAAUAUUCUAAUAAGCUACAAAUUUUGAACAGCAUAUUUCCAGGCAUUGGUUGUCCUGUUCCUCGUAUUCCAGCAGAGGCCAACCCGUUGGCCGAUCACGUCUCUGCUACUCGUAUUCUGUGUGGAGCUCUGGUUUUCCCUACUAUUGCCACAAUAGUGGGCAAGCUGAUGUUCAGCAGUGUUAACUCAAAUUUACAAAGGACAAUCUUGGGUGGAAUUGCUUUUGUUGCUAUAAAAGGAGCUUUUAAGGUUUACUUCAAACAACAGCAGUAUUUGCGCCAAGCUCACCGCAAAAUUUUAAAUUAUCCUGAGCAAGAAGGUGCAUAAGGCUGUGAUCAUCUGAUGUCAUACAGUCUCACCUAACAGGUUUUCAUGUUGUAUUGGUUCCAUCAUUAUUGCACAGUAGUGGAGAAUUGUGAUAAGUUGCUGCUCCUGUUUUUUUCUUUAAGUACAAUAAAGCACUGUCUUGUGGCAGGGUAUAUCCUUUCAGUAAUCACUGAACCUAAGAAUGUGACUUGCUUUCAUUGUUUUGGAGUAUUUCUCUUGAGCAACAGGCUUUGGAAUUACUUUCUUUGAGCCGAUUUGCUGAAUGGGUGGGGAAAAAAAAAAAUCACCAACUACACAACAAAAACACUUCAAAUUGUGUAGUUAAUAGAGGCCGUGUUCAGAUGCUUUUUUUAAUAGUGUGUUUUCAUACCCAGGCUGUCAUCCAUUUCAGUACUUCACACAAUGAAGGUUGUUUGUUUGUUUGUUUUUAAGGAAGGAAAUGAGUCAUUACUAAGGGAAAGUAAUUGUGGGACAUCAGGCAAUAAAGGUUUUCUUGUAUCUUGCUGGUGUGGAACAGGGAGUACACAGUACACAAAUGGCUGGACAGAGAAAAAGAUCAUUCUACAGGACUGGUGUGUCAGCUUUAGCCACCUAAGUACAAGCUUUUGAAAUGAGCGUGGCUUCCAGGUGACUGUUGUAUUACUGAUACUUUUUAUUGUCCUGUUGUAUCUUCUGCAAUGCCUACUGUUUUCUCAUGGCUUUUUUUUUUUUUUUUUAAUUGGUUUGUAACUGGUACUAGAUAGCUUUCUUUUUUUCUUCACAGCAAAAUAAUGACAUGGGGGAAGUGAAUUUCAAUUACUUUCUAGUUACGUAUUAGAGCAAUUGUUUAGUUCUCAUGUUCCUUUUGAUUAUGUAAGUUAUCUGUACAAGUAAAAAGAGUAGGAAAAAUAUGAGGAAACAAUGAAUGCUAAAGUUACAUUUAGAAGAAAGCUCUAGUUUUCAGUUUCAACUUCAGAUCUGGGGGCACGGCUCAGCUCCUGUAUCUGGACAAGUCUUUUCUCUGCCCACGCCAUCUGUAUUGGCAGGAUAGCCAGGAACAACAGCUGGAAAGAAAGGGCAAUGCUACACUGGAGGACUGAGUUUAAGACAUUGCCAGCAGUUUAGACAGCUGAAUGCAACUUGGUUCUGUUCUGUAAAGGACUAAGGACAAAUCUUAAAUGUGUAAUAAACUAAGUUAGUUUAUUUGCACAGUCAGCUUUACUGUUAUAGCAUGUUCCAAGUAGCCUGCUGAUGGGGACACUGGCACUUCAGUUAUUUCAGAUAUUUAAAAACUUAACAAAAAUUAACUGUUUUCCAAAGUUACAUUUUGACAAAUAUAACAUGGCCGUUUAAUAUUCCUAUCAGAUCUAACCUCCAGUUAGUACUGGAAGUUCUCUUUACAACAAUUUGUUGCUCUCAAAAGGUUUUUUCUUCUUCAUAAUAGGAUGUCAAAUGCAUGGAGACAGGUUUAAGAAAAAAAAUUUAAAAAUUAGUGGAAGUACUCAUAAGUAACUAUUUCUUUUCACCAGAAAUGAAGGAAAUGAGAGAUUUGACUGCAAUAAUGUAUGUUAAAAAAAAACCUUGAAAUAUGGUACCUUUUCUAUAGUAUAUUUGUCUUAAAUACUGAGAUGUAAUAUUUUAGAACUGUAUAAAGUGUAUAUAAUGGCCACCUACUAUUCAAAAACUACAGUAUAGAAAAUUAUACGUUUGAUCCAUAUCAAAUACUUUGAGAUUCGUAACUGAAACUCUGAGCUGUAACUGAAGAAUUGCUACAAUCUUGCAAGUCUGCUGAUUAUAUUUGUCUUUGAGUGGGCUCAAUUUUAUAUAAACUUUAGAUAGAGUGGCAACCUUGAAAAGUUGCUGCUUUAUGUAAGAUAGCCUUGAAACAUAUACAUAUUUCUUAUGGAAUUCCUCAUUUUGAGAAAACAGCUUUUCAGUGGUCUUCACUGUAUAUAUUUCCAGGCAAUUUAUUACUGUUUUUUAAAGUCUCAUGAAGAAUGGAAGGAUGCAAAUUGCCAGUCUUGAAACUUGUUCUAUGGGAAGAGAUAAUUGUCUUCACUGAAACUUGAAGCUACUGUAAAAAUAUCAUUACGGAAACACUGUUUGGAUUAUAUGAUGAUUAAAGUGGUGGCAGAAAGUCAUUACUUUGGUUACUAUGUUGUAAAUCUUGUUUUUAGUAUUACGAAUUACAGUUAUGUUGAAUUAGGCUGAAUAAAUAUUUUUUACGCUC